AUGGGCUACGAUCACGCAGAACAGAGAGAGGUGCAUCCUCCAGGUACCGACUCCUCCACCGGUUCCGCUGGAACGGCAAAUGCAAGUGACAACAGCUUGAGUAAAGAGUGGGAUGGGCCACGAGAGAGCAAUCAGUCGGUGGCCUCAGAAGGUAACAACGAUGGCGCAGGAGAGCGCAAACGUCAUCACAGAAGACAUCUUGAAGCACCAAAGCUGAGGUUAAGGGCGGCUGAUGAUGACCUUCCCACCGACUGGUGGUUUGCUUCGACUGCCAUACCUCUGUUGGCCGCAACAUUCGCUCCCAUGGCAAACAUGAUUUCCAUCGAAGCCUUGGUCGUCGCUUGGAGAAACAACGUCGUCGAUCCAGAUGACCCCAUAUACUACCAAGCCACUUCGGUUGGCUACCCGGACCCGGCAUGGUGUAUCAAUCUCAAUAUUGCCUCCCUUGUCUGCGGCUUUGUGGGAAACCUUUUUUUACUCCUUAACUUUACAAAACGUGUUCGCUAUAUUGUUGCGCUUCCGGCGACCAUCAUUCUCUUUUAUGUCUCGGCAGCUAUCUUGAUCGGCAUUACUGUGUCCAUGCACGUAUAUGUUCCACCGGGUCAAGACCAAGUCUACUCGCAGGGUUUCUGGAAUGCUGUUAUUGCUGCUUGCCUAUACAUGUUCAAUUCCAUGAUCCUGAUGGUCAACAUGGGGGGUUACUUUCUGGGUCACUAUCCGCAACACUUUACCUUGACCGACGAACAACGUAACCUCAUUUUGCAGACCAUGAUGUUCUUCAUCUGGCUCGCAGGCGGAGGAGGUGUUUUCUCGAGGAUCGAAGGUUGGGGCUAUCCGGAUGCUGUCUACUUCUGCGAUGUCACAAUCCUAACUGUCGGCUUUGGAGAUUACUACCCGACGAGCAAUCUCGGGCGAGGUCUCGUCUUUCCUUUCUCGGUAGGUGGUAUCAUCAUCUUGGGUCUUAUGGUUAGCUCCAUCUCCAAAUUUGCUGGAGAACUAAGCACCGUCAAUGUGCUCCGCAAGCAUGUCGAGAACAGACGUCUCAAUACCCUCUCUAGGGUUGUCACUGUCGAGACCGCGGAAGAGGAUAAUCGGCGACAAGAUCUUGAAAAGAAAGUUGAGAUUGAGUUGAACCAUGGUAGAAAGCUUUCAAUCUCAGCUCCGAUACCUGACCCUCGGAUCGAACGGAAUCUGGACCGUGAAGCACAUGGCGGUCUGGAAACCGGUUUGUCGACAGGUCGAGACAACGACCAAGACCAGCAGAUUACUGCACGGCAGAUUGGGUUUGAAGAUACGACUGCUGAGACUCUCAAACAGGCCGACGAAAGUCUACCUCACCCUCGGCAGUUUCUGAAACAUGAUUUCCACAAAGGACCUGUUCAUGCUACGUUGAAGCUGCUGGCUAAGCCCGUCAACGAUCUCAGGAGAGUAAGGACCAGAGGCCACAAAGUCAUUCUUAUGAGAGAAGAGAGAGAUAAAUUCAACGCUAUGCGCGAUAUCCAGGAAGACGCGAAGAAGUUCAAGCAGUGGUUCGCCCUUUUCGUGUCAACGAUUGCCUUUGGCGUUCUUUGGUGUAUAGGCGCGGUCGUCUUCUGGCAGGCGGAGCAAAAUACCCAAGGAUUGACUUAUUUCGAAGCUUUGUAUUUCUGCUAUGUGAGCUUGCUCACCAUCGGAUAUGGCGAUCUCAGUCCCAAGAGCAACGCUGGCAAGCCUUUUUUUGUGGUAUGGUCGUUGAUUGCAGUACCAACCAUGACGAUCCUGGUUUCUGAUAUGGGCGACACCGUCAUCUCUAGCUUCAAGCGAGGCACUUUCCUUCUUGGAGAUAUGACAGUUCUGCCAAAGAAGGGUUUCUGGCAUGAUCGCAUCAACUCGAAUCCCUGGCUGUACCAAUGGAUGAGCAAACGAGUGGAGAAGCGUCGACGAAAAAAGGGUCUACCAGUCGGGCCCGAUGAAACAGAUGCUUCCCCCAUUGUGAGCAUCGAGGAGCUUGCUGCCGAAGAGCUCAAUGAAACCGAAUUGACCCAGCGUUUAGCAUGGGCGAUUCGGAAGACCGCAGAUGAUCUACAGCACGCGCCACGCAAGCGUUACAGCUACGAGGAAUGGGCUGAGUUCACUAGGCUUAUCCGGUUCACCCGGAACGGUCUCGAGCAGCUACAGUUCGACGAAGAGACAGACGGCGUGGUUGAUUGGGAUUGGCUCGAGGAAAGCAGUCCUAUGCUCAGCGGGCAAACCGAGUCCGAAUGGAUCCUUGAUAGGUUAUGCGAGAGUCUCCUCCGCCUUCUGAAGAGGCACAUGAUGGGCUUUGAUACGGCGCUUAGCCGUUCUGCAACGGACCUUACCACAUACUCACUCUCUCGGCAAGUCACGCGGCAGGAAUUGGGUGAUGCGAUCAAGAGCAAACAAGACAAAGGCAAAGCCGUACAGCCCUCACCCCCAAGCAAGCGACAAGAGCGCCGACGACGUGCUUCUGGAGCUGAUGCUGUUUUGGCCUUCCUUACUGGACCGCGGGAAGGCGAACGCGCACGAGAGACGGAAGCACCACAAUGGAGCUCACGUGCUAAAACCAAAGCUGAAAAACGACGUGCUAAGGAUGCACACAAAAAGAGGCGUGGUCCCUUCAGCAAACUCGAAUCUCGAGUGACUGGCACGGUCGGUGGCGGACGUGGCGGCGCUGGUAUGCGUACGCUCAAGAAGCGGCAUAUGGAUUUCGAUGCCGAUUCAGCGGACUAA